AUGGGGUUCGGUGUGGAGGGCCGCUUUAGCUGCCUCGCCAUGGAGCUGUUGGGUCGGUCCUUGGAAGACCGCAUGCAGCAGUGCGGGAAGCGGCUGUCCCCGCAGAGCUGCGUGCUGAUCAUCGACCAGAUCCUGAGACGCCUGGAGUUCUUGCACUCCCUGGGGCUCAUUCAUCGGGACAUCAAGCCGGAGAACUUCAUGUUCGGCAUCGGGCGCCGCGUGCAUGUGCUGUACCUCAUCGACUUCGGCUUGGGGCGCAGGUACUGGCGGGAAAAGCAGCAUGCACCCAUGAGGACGCUCCAGAGCCUCACCGGCACGGCGCGCUACGCUUCCAUCAACGCCCACAAAGGCAUGGAGCAAAGCCGGCGUGAUGACCUGGAGGCGGUGGGGCACAUGCUCUUCUACUUCCUCCGUGGCUCUUUACCUUGGUCCGGCUUGGAAGCGAAGUCCCAGGAGGAGAAGUACCGCAGGAUUCGCGAGGUGAAGGAGACUUACCCCAUCAACCAACUUUGCGAGGGCCACCCCUCCCAUUUCGCCAAGUACCUGGAGCAGGCGAGGGCUCUCAAGUACACCGAGAGGCCUGACUACGUUGCCUUCAGGAAGAUGUUCGCGGGGCUGCGCGCGGAGAUCGGGCCCAGCAGCGACCACGACUUCGAGUUCCUGCGGGGGAAGGACACAGGUCCCCUCGAGCCGCUUCAGAUCGAUGACACAAUUGAGCAGCCAGAUGACAAGGUUCAAGGGGGCGCAUCGCGCCAGAGCUCCUGUUGCGUCAUCUCCUGA